AUGAUUCCGAAUCAGCAUUUACUGUUGUUUAUACUCUGUUUUUGUCUUGUUAACACAGCGUUUAUAGCAGCCACGGAAGAUGAUAACAACGAGAGAAAGCCUUACAUUGUGUACAUGGGAGAAGCAACUGAGAGUUUUCAUGUUGAAGCUGCAAAAAACCAUCAUAAUCUUUUAUCGACUGUGAUCGGAGACGAGAGCAAAGCAAGAGAAGUUAAAAUAUAUAGUUAUGGGAAGAACAUUAAUGGCUUUGUGGCAAGGCUUUUUCCUCAUGAAGCAGAGAAGCUAUCACGCGAAGAGGGAGUUGUAUCGGUGUUUAAGAAUACUCAAAGACAGCUUCAUACGACAAGAUCAUGGGAUUUUCUAGGAUUAGUUGAGUCUAAAUACAAAAGAAGUGUAGCAAUCGAGAGUAAUAUCAUUGUGGGAGUUCUUGACACAGGAAUCGAUGUCGACUCACCAAGCUUUGAUGACAAAGGCGUUGGUCCUCCUCCAGCUAAAUGGAAAGGAAAAUGUGUAACUGGAAAUAACUUCACUCGUUGCAAUAAUAAAGUGAUAGGCGCAAAGUACUUCCAUCUCGACCAAGAGGGACUUCCUGAUGGCAAGGGAGACUCUCCCGCGGAUUACGAUGGUCACGGGACUCACACAUCUUCCACAAUUGCCGGUAUUUCAAUCUCCAGCGCUAGCCUCUUUGGAAUUGCAAACGGAACAGCUCGGGGCGGUGUUCCUUCAGCUCGAAUAGCCACUUAUAAGGUGUGCUGGCAAUCAGGAUGUACAGACAUGGACAUGUUGGCGGCAUUCGAUGAGGCUAUUUCUGAUGGGGUCGAUGUUAUAUCGAUUUCAAUCGGAGGAGCCUCUCUUCCGUUUUUCGAAGAUCCAAUUGCGAUUGGAGCGUUUCACGCGAUGAAGAAAGGGAUCUUGACAAUGUGUUCUGCAGGCAAUAACGGCCCUGGUCUCUUUACGGUCUCCAACCUUGCGCCAUGGGUAAUGACUGUCGCGGCCAACUCACUCGACAGGAAGUUUGAAACUGUUGUCAAACUCGGCAAUGGCCUCACCGCAUCUGGAAUCUCUCUAAACGGAUUCUCUCCAAGAGAGAAAAUGUAUCCGUUAACAAGCGGUUCGCUUGCAUCUAACUUAUCUGCAGGAGGCUAUGGAGAGCCUAGUACUUGUGAGUCCGGGACAUUAGGGGAGGAUAAAGUGAUGGGGAAGGUAGUCUACUGUGAAGCAGGACGCGAGGAAGGAGGCAAUGGAGGUCAAGGUCAAGAUCAUGUUGUAAGAAGCUUAAAAGGAGCUGGUGUGAUCGUUCAACUUCUACAACCGACUGAUAUGGCCACUUCAACUCUCAUUGCUGGCUCUUAUGUCUUCUUCGAAGACGGUACAAAGAUCUCUGAAUACAUCAACUCCACCAAAAAUCCUCAAGCAGUUAUCUUUAAGACAAAAACAAUCAAAAUGGUAGCUCCCUCAAUUGCUUCUUUCUCAGCAAGAGGACCUCAACGAAUCAGCCCCAACAUUCUUAAGCCUGACAUUUCAGCGCCGGGACUAAACAUACUCGCGGCGUACUCGAAGCUAGCAUCAGUCACCGGUUAUUCAGACGACAACAGAAAAACACUUUUCUCCAUAAUGUCAGGAACAUCAAUGGCUUGCCCUCACGCAGCAGCUGCUGCAGCUUAUGUCAAAUCAUUCCAUCCUGAUUGGUCUCCAGCCGCAAUAAAAUCCGCCCUUAUGACAACAGCUACUCCGAUGAGGAUCAAAGGCAACGAAGCAGAACUAAGUUAUGGGUCGGGUCAAAUAAACCCGAGAAGAGCGAUUCACCCGGGUCUAGUCUUCGACAUCACCGAGGACGCAUACCUAAGAUUCCUAUGUAAAGAAGGGUAUAAUAGCACAAGCAUCGGACUUUUAAUCGGCGGUAAGAAGAACAACACGACGAAGACGGAAUACAACUGCGAGAAUUUCAGACGAGGGUUAGGAUCCGACGGGAUAAAUUAUCCGUCGAUGCACAAGCAAGUGAGCUCGACGGGUACGAAAGUAUCGGAAGUUUUCUACAGAUCAGUGAGGAAUGUCGGAUACGGACCAUCGAACUACGUAGCUAAGGUUUGGGUACCGAAGGGUUUGAAAGUGGAGGUUGUUCCUAAGGCUAUGAGUUUCGAGAAACCUGGAGAGAAGAAGAAUUUUAAGGUAAUGAUUGAUGGAGUUUGGGAUGAGACAAUGAAAGGGAUUGUGUCCGCUUCUGUGGAAUGGGAUGAUUCGAGAGGGCAUCUUGUGAGAAGCCCAAUUCUGUUGUUCCGAUCAGAUAACAACUAUUAAAGACGAAGACUUUUAUUUUAGAUCAUUGUUUGUUUUAUUGUAGUGUUUGGUUUUUUUAAGUCUAGUUUUGUUGAAACUUGAACUCAAAUAGGAAAUAAAUUUUGGCAGA